CCCUUCCUGCGAAUUUACGUAGAUAUUUCUACUUGUGAACGGUUCCAACCUUCAGGAUGCAGGCUAUUAAAUGUGUUGUUGUAGGAGACGGAGCAGUAGGUAAAACAUGUCUCCUCAUAAGUUAUACUACCAAUGCCUUCCCUGGGGAAUAUAUUCCAACUGUAUUUGACAAUUAUUCUGCAAAUGUCAUGGUGGAUGGUAAACCAAUAAACCUUGGUUUAUGGGAUACGGCAGGCCAAGAAGAUUAUGACAGAUUAAGACCACUGUCUUACCCACAAACAGAUGUCUUUCUGAUCUGUUUUUCUCUUGUUAACCCGGCCAGUUUUGAAAAUGUUCGUGCUAAAUGGUAUCCAGAAGUACGUCAUCAUUGUCCAGCUACUCCAAUUAUUUUAGUAGGGACUAAACUAGAUUUACGUGAAGACAAGGAAACAAUUGAACGAUUAAAAGAUAAAAAAUUAGCACCUAUUACAUAUCCUCAGGGUUUGUCCAUGGCAAAAGAAAUUGGUGCUGUAAAAUAUUUAGAAUGUUCUGCUCUUACUCAGAAAGGAUUAAAAACAGUAUUUGAUGAAGCAAUUCGUGCAGUAUUGUGUCCUGUUCUUCAAGUGAAACCAAAACGCAGAUGUUUCCUUCUAUAAUAUUAAAUGUCCAACGACGGUGGAGCAUGUGCAAAUGUACUACCCCUCCUCCGAUCGGACUUGAUUGCAACAGGAAAUCUAACUUUGAUUAAAAAACCCCGUUGUACGGUCCAUCUCUCUACAAGCAUCUGCCAUAAAAGCGCACAAAUCAAUUUGUAUAAUGCGUAUAAAAAGAUAAAGAAGAAAAUAUACGCAAUUUAAGUAUUUUGGACAUUAGUUGAAUGUUCUAAUGAGAGAAAGGA